UCUUAAGUUCUUAACAAAAAAAAAAUGGCCCAAAUAUUUAUAAUUUUAUACCUGAUUCCUGAACCUCAGAACCUGAUACGGUGAGGUGAGCAGUUGAGACUUGAGAGAGGCGGAGAGCAGAGAAUCAGAGAGAGGCUGAGGACAGACUGAACAGUGGAGACUGGAGACUAGAGAGAAAGCAUAUCCCUUAAGGUGGUGUUAAAUUAUAAGAGAAAGAGACAAGAGGUUCCUUGACAAAAGAUGGCAGCUUCUGCAAAAACCCUCACCAUUGACAAUCAUACUUUCGAUGGUGACUGGACGGUUGUUUUACCCCGUCGUGGCAAACAGAGAAGACAUUCAUUCAGAAUUAGAUCUCCAGAACAACUACAACAACAACAACAACCAUGGGCCCCAAUCGAUCUUGAAACUGACGCUGUCAGGAAAUUAAAAUUAAUGCAGAAGAUACAGAUCUGCAUGAAGAAAAUGGAGAACUCUCCGUUCUAUCAUACUUUACUGGAUCAAAUCCAAACCCCAGAAAUCUUUUGUUGCUUUCAUAGGGUCUUAGGCUCCGAGAUGAAAAUGCAAAUGGUGAUUUAUGGUAUAGGUAGCAUUGAAUCAUAUGAACCCCCUCGAUUGCAGCUUAGCCUUGCAAUCUUGCUGAAAAGGAAGCUCAGUUGGAUUGGAGAUAUCGAGGUUUUUGAUCCUGUUCUUUCUACAACUGAAUGUCAGGUACUGGAAGCCCUAGGUUGCUCUGUUCUAUCAAUAAAUGAGCAAGGGCAGCGGUGUGCGCAAAAGCCAACAAUGUUCUUUAUGCCACACUGUGAGUCAAUGUUAUAUGACAAUCUAUUACGGGCAAAUUGGGGAGUGGAACUGUUGAAUCAUGUAGUCUUGUUUGGGAAUAGCUUUGACGUAUAUGAGAAGAAUGUCUCAUACUCUAAGAACUCAGCUAUGGUUGAUUCAACAAGGCAUAUCUUGGCUAUUCGACAGUAUACAAAGGAGUUCAGAAUCCAGACAGUUUCAGAUGAUUAUUUUGGUGCUUUCCAUACUUCAAGUUGGCAUUUUUUCAGCCCUGUUCUUGAGACAGAGCUACAGUACAUUGAUUAAAAAUGGUUUCAGUAAUUGGAUGAUGUCUGAGCAUAUUUUUUCUUUCCAACUUUUGUUGGAAAUGAUUCUUGAGAACUAUUAUUAUAAUCCAAAUGCAUGCAGAAUGAGUUUUUUUGUUUUUAGUUGCUUGGAUUAAGGACCUAAACAAGCCAAUGUCAAGUCCGCAUAUCAGAAAUCACCUGAUAUUAGAACUUUUGAUUACCAAUAUAUGUAACAUCAUCGAUCUCUUCUUUCUUCA